GCAUCCCCAGCAGUCCUGUGGCUCCUGCGCUAGCAGCCUUGGUCACUUCUUGCCCUGCUUGCAGGAGGCAAGACACGCUGAAAUAAAGAGAAACUUGUUCUGUGGCAGGAAAGGUCAUUUCUUCUGGCCAGGCUUUGGGGAAGGAGACAGGAAGCAUAUUAUUUUAAAGCCCAGGUGUCUCGCCGCUGCCAUGCUGCCGCCGUGUCCCCGCGGAGCCCUGCCCGGGGCCUCCCUCCUCUUCCUCCUCCUCCUCCUCCCGCUGCUCUGCGCAGCUCCCGAUGUGUCAAGGGGGAAUAAGCUUAAAGAGAUGCUUCAGAAACGGGAAGCCCCUGUUGCCAUGAAGCCUGAGCUGUCAGUGAAAGAAACAACGGCCAAGGCAUUCCUAAACAGCCUGAGACGGCAGAGGCGCCAGCUGUGGGACAGGAGCCAGCCUGACGUACAGCAGUGGUACCAGCAGUUCCUGUACCUGGGAUUUGAUGAGGCGAAAUUUGAGGAUGACAUGUCCUACUGGACCAGCUUAGGGCGUGCUCGCAAUGAAUACUACGGUGGGUACUACCAACACCACUAUGAUGAAGAUGCACCGAUUGGUCCACGAAAUCCACACACUUUCAGGCAUGGAGCAGGUGUCAACUAUGAUGAUUACUAAUGCCAUUUACCCUGCUAUAGCUGGUGCUUACACAGCUGCACUGCGUGAGGCUGAGUCCUCCUCCCUCAGCCUUGCUUUCCUUCCAUUCAUGUAAAACAGCAAGAGCAAAGGAACUGCCAGACUUGGACAAAAGCAACACGACUUUUUAAUUAUUGUUACUUAGUAGCACACUUUAUAAAAAGUGUUGUAGAAAUAAAGCUUUUUUGAUAAAGAG